CAGCUUUCGCAGGCUUCCACUUCCUUCCAGACCUCUCUCUUUGCUCCACAAAAGGAAGCCUUUCCCUUUCUGCUCCUCGCUACACCGAUCAUCUCUAUUUUCUCCGCACGCAUAAAACAAUUUUGUAGAAGAAAAGGCAAGAUUUUGCUUUCCAUCCAAUCAAAAUCAUAGCGGAAAUCUUGAGCGAAUUGUAAAUACCCGCGGUUAAACAAGUUUUCGUAAUACUCCGCCAGUAUCUUCUCUCUGAACGCGAUUGUUUCAAGGUACUAAUUAAGAAGCAAAGAUGAAUCCUGACAAGUUCACCCACAAGACUAACGAGGCUAUCGCCGCCGCACAUGAGUUAGCGAUGAGUCCCGGCCACCUACAGUUCACUCCUCUCCAUCUUGCGCUUGCAUUGAUCUCUGAUCCAGGUGGCAUUUUCAGCCAAGCUAUUGCCAAUGCCGGUGGCGGUGAAGAUGCUGUGAAGUCAGCGGUGAGGGUGUUGAACCAGGCAUUGAAGAAAAUCCCAUCUCAGUCUCCUCCCCCAGAUGAGAUUCCUGCGAGCACAAGCCUUAUCAAAGCCAUUCGUCGGGCACAAGCGGCCCAGAAAGCUCGUGGGGAUACUCAUUUAGCUGUUGAUUCUCUAAUUCUUGGUAUCUUGGAAGAUUCUCAAAUCUCCGACCUGUUGAAAGAAGCCGGUGUUUCUCCAUCGAGAGUGAAGUCGGAGGUAGAAAAUCUCCGUGGGAAGGAAGGGAAAAAGGUGGAGAGUGCUUCAGGAGAUACAACGUUCCAGGCUCUGAAGACUUACGGGCGUGACCUUGUUGAGCAGGCGGGGAAGCUUGACCCUGUCAUUGGCCGAGACGAGGAGAUACGGAGAGUGAUUAGAAUUCUGUCAAGGAGAACCAAGAACAAUCCUGUUCUCAUUGGAGAGCCUGGAGUUGGAAAGACGGCAGUGGUGGAAGGUUUGGCUCAAAGGAUUGUGAGAGGUGACGUCCCGAGUAAUCUUGCUGAUGUAAGGCUCAUUGCAUUGGAUAUGGGUGCUUUGGUUGCCGGGGCAAAGUACAGAGGAGAGUUUGAGGAGCGAUUGAAGGCUGUAUUGAAAGAGGUUGAGGACGCUGAGGGAAAAGUUAUACUGUUUAUUGAUGAAAUUCACCUUGUCCUUGGUGCUGGUCGAACUGAAGGAUCCAUGGAUGCUGCCAAUCUCUUCAAACCCAUGCUUGCUAGAGGGCAGCUUCGGUGCAUCGGAGCAACCACGCUCGAGGAGUACAGGAAAUAUGUGGAGAAGGAUGCCGCAUUUGAGAGAAGGUUACAACAGGUGUUUGUGGCCGAGCCUAGUGUUCCUGACACAAUAAGCAUUCUUCGAGGAUUGAAAGAGAGAUAUGAAGGUCAUCAUGGUGUUCGGAUUCUGGACAGGGCUCUUGUUGUGGCAGCCCAGCUAUCGAGCCGAUAUAUUACAGGGCGUCAUCUCCCUGACAAGGCGAUUGAUUUGGUUGAUGAGGCAUGCGCAAAUGUAAGAGUCCAACUCGAUAGCCAGCCUGAAGAAAUUGAUAAGCUUGAAAGGCGGAGGAUGCAGCUGGAAAUUGAACUCCAUGCUCUGGAAAAGGAGAAGGACAAAGCUAGUAAAGCCCGUCUUGUUGAAGUAAGAAAAGAGCUUGAUGACUUGAGGGACAAGCUUCAACCUUUGAUGAUGAAGUAUAAGAAGGAGAAAGAAAGGAUUGAUGAGAUUCGGAGACUGAAGCAAAGGCGUGAAGAGCUUUUGUUUGCUUUACAGGAGGCUGAAAGAAGAUAUGAUUUGGCUAGAGCUGCUGAUUUGAGAUAUGGGGCAAUCCAGGAAGUGGAAGCUGCCAUAGCACAGCUUGAAGGAGCCUCUGAUGAGAACUUAAUGUUAACAGAGACUGUUGGACCAGAACAUAUUGCUGAGGUUGUGAGCCGCUGGACAGGCAUUCCUGUCACAAGGUUAGGCCAGAAUGAGAAAGAGAGGUUAGUUGGGCUAGCUGAGCGGUUGCACAAGAGAGUUGUCGGACAAGAUCAAGCAGUUAAUGCAGUUGCUGAGGCAGUACUUAGGUCAAGGGCUGGACUAGGAAGGCCUCAGCAGCCCACGGGCUCUUUCCUAUUCCUUGGGCCUACUGGUGUUGGUAAGACUGAGCUUGCAAAGGCUCUUGCUGAGCAACUCUUCGAUGAUGAAAAUCUACUGGUAAGGAUUGACAUGUCCGAGUAUAUGGAACAACACUCGGUCUCACGCUUAAUUGGCGCUCCACCAGGGUAUGUUGGACAUGACGAAGGGGGACAGCUAACAGAGGCUGUGAAGCGCAGGCCUUACAGUGUGGUACUCUUUGAUGAAGUGGAAAAGGCACACGUCUCUGUAUUUAACACCCUGCUUCAGGUUUUAGAUGAUGGAAGGCUAACCGAUGGUCAAGGCCGUACUGUUGAUUUCAGGAACACCGUGAUUAUCAUGACUUCAAACCUUGGAGCGGAGUACCUCCUUUCUGGACUAACGGGCAAGGUCUCCAUGCAAACUGCUCGUGACCGAGUAAUGCAAGAGGUGAAAAAGCACUUCAGGCCCGAGUUACUCAAUCGGCUUGAUGAGCUUGUGGUGUUUGAUCCUCUCAACCAUGAGCAACUAAGGAAGGUUGCAAGGUUACAAAUGAAGGAUAUUGCAGUACGCCUUGCUGAGAGGGGAAUUGCCCUUGCUGUCACUGAUGCAGCAUUAGACUAUGUAUUGGCAGAGAGUUAUGAUCCGGUUUAUGGUGCUAGGCCUAUCAGGAGGUGGCUAGAGAAGAAAGUGGUGACAGAGCUCUCAAGGAUGCUUAUAAGGGAAGAUAUUGAUGAAAACUCAACUGUCUAUAUAGAUGCAGGGCCAAACGGGAGUGACUUGGUGUAUAGAGUGGAGAAGAAUGGAGGGCUUGUUAAUGCAGUGACUGGUCAUAAGUCAGAUGUGUUGAUUCAGAUCCCCGAUGGGCCAAGAAAUGAUGCUGCUCAGGCAGUUAAGAAGAUGAAGAUUGAGGAAAUAAAUGAUGAUGAAGAGAUGGAAGACUAAAAUCAAUUUUGUCUAGAGAUUAACCACGGCUGAAGUUUGGAUCAUGUAAAUGUUAUAUGCGUUUGUUGGUAUCGGAAUGUAUCUUUCUUUUUGCGUCUUUCUGUUUUCUCUUAAAUGUUUGAAGCGUGGUAGAAUGAUGAUGAAAUAUAAUGGGGAGUUUCAUCCCUUCUCUCUA